GUUUUCCAUUUGGCCAACAGCGUUUUGAUUUGGCCAACAGCAUUUUAUUUCGCUAAUGGCCCCUUUUUUCGCUAACGGCAUUUUCACUUGGUCAACGGCCCCCUUUUUCACUAACGGCGUUACUAAUUUGCUUACAGCAUUUUAUUUCGUCAACGGCAUCGUCACUUGGGCAACGGCCCCUUAUUUGGUCAACGACAUCAUUAUUUCGCUUACAUUUUUUUUAUUUUAUUAACAGCAUUUUCACUUGGUCAACGGUCCUCUUUUUCGCUAAC